GUGUUUAAAAUCGGUUCAAUGGAACCAGGUGCGAUGCUGUUUGAUGCAUCAAAGGAAUUUGAGGUAAGCAAUGCUUCACUCUCUCUGGGAAAACGUUGUCUCGGGUAAAAGGCUCAGCCGCCUACCCAAGCGAGUGGUGGAUCCAAGGGAGGGGUCAGGAUCUUGGGGUGGCACCGCAUCCCCUUAUCUCAGGGGUCUGAAUGACCGCGCUCCCCCUUAUCUGAAGGUCUGAACCCUCCACUGCGAGCCACCCUGGGCGGCCUAUUGUUGGGUGACCUGUUUUCCUUGGUAAGGUCACCAUCCUAGCUGAGCCAACUUUUCUCCAUAUAAUAAAAAAUAAUCAACUUUAUUUAUAUAGCGCUAUUUCAGUCCAAAACCUCAAUAGCGCUUUACAGAAUUCAUAAGAAAGAACAAUAAUGAAUGAAGAAAAACAUAGCAUGAUAAUAAAAAGAAUACCUGACGAACAACAUUAAAGUUUUAACUUGAAGAUUCUAAACUGCACCAAAAACUAAAUCCCUAACAAUUAAGCUGUCGUUAUGAUUCUUUCGUGUAUAUUCCUGUAAACAGAAAAAGAGCGCCCGAGCAGAGGAGUACAUUCGGAUGAUCAAAGAACGUCUUCCUGAGGCUGUCCAGCAAUGUAUCCACGCCGCUGCUGGGGAACAUGAGCCUGCAAUACAAAGAGGACUGCUGAGGGUGAGUAUAGUUUUAGAGGUAGUCAUGGUAACCACAUGAUCUCCUUAUGUUCAGUUGCUACGUUUCGAUUCUCACAGCAACCCGCCCCCAGGGGGUGGGGGAGUUGUUGACAAGUUUAAGGUUUCUUACACAGUGAUUGGUGUUCUGUAAACUGCCAGAUAAAUUUAGCAUUGUUUGAAAAAUACAUUAUCUGUUUUCCGUGGCAAAAUCACCACCUCCUACUAAAAAUGUUUUGGUUAAUCUGCUGAAGAUCCUUAGCUUGGGCAUAAAUCGUUGAACGUGAUGCCGUGAAAAGAAAAUCUGUACUCAGUAUAUCUGGGUAAUUUGAAUUGAAAGCGAAGAGCGCAAAUAGUUCGUCCAUUAUGUUUCUAUUUGAGGAGUGUAGUAAGAGACAUAAAGGACUUCAUUAAUACUUUCGACGACGGCGUCAUUCAGUGAUUUUUUAGUUAUACAGGAUGAAUUGAAAGUAUAGCAAAUCUCAGCGAGUGGUCAACAUUCGCAGAUAACACUGCUCUGUUACCAUCUACCAAGCGAAGUUUGUAACGUCGCUUGGUUAGAGAUUUUAGGCGGGAAAUAGUUCUCGUGUAACAUGUCAUGUGUCCUCGUAGUAACCAACAAGAGUGCUCCGGCGGUCGAUGUUGGGGAAAAUUCCACCCACAGUAUAAUCGGGUUUUUUUUUACUGAUCUCAGCUGUAAUCUUUUCUUCUCUUUGCUAGGCUGCUUCCUUUGGUUAGAGUUUUCUAACUGAUAUGCCGCCACACGCGUUUUUUUCGAUGUGCCGGAAUCUUAGAGUGUUAAACGCCGUGCGGGACUACAUGGUUGGAAUUCCACUUACAUAUGGACAA